AAGAAAUUUGCCGUGGUCUUGGAAUCUCAACAGAAGGGACUAAGGCUGACCUAAUACAAAAAAUAAGGGGGUUUUCCUAUGAACGUGCUGAGAAACAGAAAAAGACGUCCUAUGAAGAUACCGUGUCAAUAUGUUCGGAAUACCCAACUGAAGAAAAUGAGGUACACGAACUUGACCCCCAAAUAAAAACGUUAAGAGAAAUGGUUCAAAAAUCAAGAGAGAAAACCAAGAUCUUACCAUCAAGAAUAGAUACCCAAGAUGAAGAAGGGCAAA